AUGAAGGCAUUUCGUCAGAAACUGACGCUAGUUGGGUACUCCCAUGGUGCAUUCAUCGCAUUUUUGAUGGUCAAAGAUGCGCGAGAAUUCAACAUGCGCAUAGAGUCCUUUUGUCUGGUCGACCCAACCCCGAUUUCACGACGAUCGUUCCCACAAUGUACAUACUUGCAGUUGCGAGCCGUCAUGUAUGAUGAAUUCUUUCAGAAUUUCGUCGAGUCACAUACAGGGUUGUCAUAUGCAGUUUUGUGUGGUAGCAUUACUAGUGUCUCAGCACUAGAGAUGGAAGUCACUAGUGCCUUUCCAAUGCUACAUACAGAAUCAUCAAGGGUUGUCGACUACUUCUUGUUUGUAUCCACGCAGGAGUCGGUCGAGUUUAUUCAGUCAAAUGUUCACCGCACCAACAGAAUUCUUUCCCUUUUUAAUUUUGGCAAAUACGCAGGGUCCAUCUUGUUCUUAAAAACAGCGGGCGCGGGUCAACACUAUCGCGCACUGCAGUAUCACAAGUGGAAUCACCCAGUCUACGGCUGGAAUAGCCUUCUGAGAUAUGUCCCUGCGAAACUGGGGUCUCUUGAGGGAGGGCACUACGAGGCAUUCCUCAAUGUCAACCUGCAGCGAAUUGGAAGUGCACUCUCGCGAGAUGGUGCGGGUGAUCACGCCCAUUGA